AUGAUAGGAAACAUAGCCAAAAGAUGGCGGUUGCUUAGCGGCCAGGAUAAUUGGAAGAACCUCUUGGAUCCUCUAGAUAUUGACCUCCGCCGCUAUAUUAUUCACUAUGGUGAAAUGGCCCAGGCAACCUAUGAUUCCUUCAUCGCUGAAAAGGCAUCCAAAUAUACGGCGGAUAGUCGAUAUGCAAGGAAAAAUUUGUUCUCCAGGGUGGGUUUAGUUAAAGGCAAUCCAUUCAAGUACAAAGCCACUAAAUACUUUUACGCUACUUCUCAGAUUCCAGUUCCUGAAUCAUUUAUUCUGAAGUCAUUAUCGACUGAAUCUUUGCACAAGGAGUCAAACUGGAUCGGAUAUAUAGCCGUAGCUACUGACGAAGGAAAGGCUUUGUUGGGUAGGAGGGACAUUGUAAUUGCAUGGCGAGGAACGAUCCAAGCAUAUGAAUGGAUUGACGAUUUUGAUUUCCCUUUGGUGUCGGCUUCUCCUAUAUUCGGGGAAGCUACUGAUGCUAAAGUUCAUAGAGGUUGGUUAUCUAUGUAUACUUCAAGUGAUCCACGAUCUGCUUAUGAUGUAACUAGUGCUAGAGAACAGGUUUCUGCUGAGGUGAAGCGACUGGUGGAAAAAUUUAAGGGCGAGGAAAUCAGCAUCACGAUAACUGGCCACAGUUUGGGUGCAUCUCUUGGAAAUUUAAGUGCAGCUGAUAUUGUUGCCAAUGGGCUCAACAAGCCGAAGAAUGAACCUGACAAGCACUGCCCUGUUACGGCGUUCUGUUUUGCCGGCCCACUUGUUGGAGAUAUUGGCUUCCGAAAGAUCUUGGAGUCUAAGGAAGAUCUUCACAUUUUACGUGUGAAAAAUGAACCUGAUAUCGUACCCCAUUAUCCCAUGAUCAAAGGAUACACCGCGGUUGGAGAAGAGCUUGUGAUCAACACCCAUAAGUCAGAGUACUUGAAAUUUCCUGGAGACCUCAAAAGUUGUCAUAACCUUGAGCCGUAUCUCCAUGGAGUUGCUGGAACUCAAGGGAAAAAGGGAGGGUUUCAUUUGGAAGUUAAGCGGGACAUCGCGCUUGUGAAUAAAGAUUUAGAUGCUGUGAAGGAUGAGUAUUUGGUGCCUGUUUCUUGGUGGUGCCUGCACAAUAAGGGGAUGGUUCAAGAGGAUGAUGGCUCUUGGAUACUGAAAGAUCACGAAGAUGACAAUGAGCUUUGA